UUUUUAUUUUUAAAACUUUUCUCCGAAAAAAAGAUUCAAUAUUGAUUGAUCAUCAUAAGGAAGUGAGAAAAAAACAACAGUUCAAACGUCAUUGUUAUCGAAGGUAGUGAUCUUUUUUAGCAAACGUUUUUUUUUGUUGUUGAUAUUUUCAAAAUUCUUAAUCUGUGAAUAUUGGUGGUAAAUCAUCGAAACAAAAACAAAAACAUGGUUCAACAAUAUAAGGCACCCGUCCGGGUGUUUAAAUAUCCAUUCGAAUUGGUCAUGGCGGCAUAUGAAAAAAGAUUUCCAACAUGUCAUCUAAUACCAGUAUUUGUUGGUAGUGAUACAAUAAAUGAAAAUAUAAGCGAUGAUGGUUCUAUUCAUGUGAUUGAACGUCGUUGUCGUAUUAGUGUUGAUGCUCCAUAUCUGCUUCGGAAGAUUACUGGAGUAGAUCAUGUUCUAUUCAUACAAAGAAAUACAUUGAAUCGAAGAAAACGUGUACUGAAAAUCGAAGCAAAAAAUGAAAGCUUCAGUAAUCAUAUUAAUAUUCAUGAAUUGUGUUAUUAUCGGGUUUCACCCGAAAAUGAGGAAUGGACUAUAUUUGAACAACAAGCAAGUCUUGAAAUCAAAUCAUUUUGGGGUUUCGAACAUGUUGUCGAACGAUUAGCUGUUAAACAUUAUUCACAGAAUAUCAAAAAAGGUCAAGAGAUAAUUGAAUAUCAUAUAAAUGAAUUAGCUGAGGAAGGUAUUACACACAUUCCACGUUAUGAAUCAAGCUCAAAUCCAAAUGAAGAUUCGGAUGAUGACAUUGAUGAGAAUUCCGAUACGUUCGGUGAUUCAUUAUUUAAUAAAAGUCAUAUCGAUCAACAUCAACAAUCAACUAAUAAUAAAAAUCAUAACGGUAUGAUCGUUUCGCAAAGUCAAGAUUCAGUUCGAAGUCCACCAUCAAACAUCGUCGACGAUAUGAUCACAUCCAAUAAUAAUAAUAAUCAUAAACGUUCCUUGAAAAAUUCCAAAUUCGAUUGUAUUCGUUCGAAUUCGGUGGAAGAAAAAAUCCAAGCAACUAAACAAAAAAUAUUGAACAAAUGUGAAAGUCUCAAGAAAAAAAGUUCAUUUGAAAAUAAUAAUGCUACGGUAGUUAAAAAUAGUAGCAAUACUAAUGCCGUAACAUUAAGUUGAUAUCAAUAAUGAUUUAUAAAAUUAUCGUGCUCCUUACACACAAACACAAAACUUUACUUGUCAAUCGAUACAAAAUAGAUUUAUUCUAAUCGAUUUUUUCUUGUACUUGUCUGCGUUAUCGAUUUACUAUUGAUUCUCAACAUAUUAACUAUGCCAGAAAACAGAAAAG